AUGAUACUACUCAUUGUUUUAUUGUAAACAACUCAUCAAACUCUCAUUUAUUAGUUUUAUGCAACUUCUGCCAUAAGAGAUUGUAAUUUCUUUUUAUUUAAUGUUAGAAUGGCAAGAUAAAAAUAAUAAUGUUAAUUUCAAUACUUGUGGAGGGAUUCAAUAUUUUGGGAAACCUAGUAAAACUAGUUGGAGUGAUAUUAGCAGAAUAUUUUUAGAUCUAGAAUCUCAUUCUCAUAUUAUUGUGGAUGCAGAAUUUCUUAGGUAAUUAUAACCAUUAUAACAAAAGGAUUGAUGACAAUUAUUCACCUUAUUAUUUAUUUUUAAUAGAUGAAAUAUCUAUCAGUCAUUAAUCAGUUAUAUCAUCUUAAAUUUGUGGUGAUACACAACUCGAAAAUGUAUAUACUAUUUCUAUAACUCUUUAACAUAAUAGAAGAACUGUUUGGAUAUGGGCUAACUAUCUUGGAGGAGGAUUAAUAUCAUUAAGAUUAAGUAUUAUUAAAUGUUAGUAUGAAUCUGCUGGAUGCAUAGAGAAUUAUCGUACAAUCUACUUAUAAUGGAAACUGCAUUAAUAUUCUUUUAAUUAGAAACUAAUCACAAACUCUGAUGGAUGGACUUUUGUAUCAUCUUCUAAUUAUUAUACUUAUUUCAGAUGUGGAAAUUGUUAAUUUUUGAGAUUUAUAGAGCUUAAAUAUUCUACUUAAUUACCUCCUCAUUAAGAUGUUUUAAUAAGAUUUUUUAAGAUAUAAGAUACUAUAAUAAUAGUAAACUAUUUAUAUGGUAAAUAAACAAUUAGUUCUGCCGAUUAAUAAGUAGAAAUAUUAAUAAGAAAUCAUAAUGAUCCUAUAUUAUCAUUAAAUAUUAAAACUUAAUUAGCUUCAGUUGAUAGUUAUAUAAGAGAUUUUGAAGUAUUUUACACUUAAGCAGAAAUAAUGUUUAAUAAGUUGAAUGAAGGUUGUUUAGAGUAAUUAGAUGAUAAAUGUUUAAUUUGUUAAAAAGGUUGGAUUUAAGAUGAACUUCUAGAAAAUUGUCAUCCAAUUUGUGGUGAUGGAAUUGUUCAAGGUUAAGAACAAUGUGAUGAUGGUAAUCUAAUAUCAAAUGAUUCUUGUUAUUUAUGCAAAUAUUCAUGUUAACAAUUUUGUUCUUUUUGUUAAUUUGGAAUUUGUUUAUAAUGUUAAGAUGGAUUUAUUAUUAAUGCUAAUUUCAAUUGUGAGCCUUUAUGUGGGAAUGGUAAUUUAACUCCUUAUUUAACUGAAUAAUGUGAAUAUAUUAUUUAUGAAGGUUGUUUAAAUUAAAUAGAUAAUACAUGUCUAAUUUGUUAAGAAGGUUGGAUUUAAGAUGAACUUCUAAAACAUUGUCAUCCAAUUUGUGGUGAUGGAAUUGUUCAAGGUUAAGAACAAUGUGAUGAUGGUAAUCUAAUAUCAAAUGAUUCUUGUUAUUUAUGCAAAUAUUCAUGUUAACAAUUUUGUUCAAUUUGUUAAUUUGGAAUUUGUUUAUAAUGUUAAGAUGGAUUUAUUAUUAAUGCUAAUUUCAAUUGUGAGCCUUUAUGUGGGAAUGGUAAUUUAACUCCUUAUUUUACUGAAUAAUGUGAAUAUAAUUUUUAUGAAGGUUGUUUAGAGUAAUUAGAUGAUAAAUGUUUAAUUUGUUAAAAAGGUUGGAUUUAAGAUGAACUUCUAGAAAAUUGUCAUCCAAUUUGUGGUGAUGGAAUUGUUCAAGGUUAAGAACAAUGUGAUGAUGGUAAUCUAAUAUCAAAUGAUUCUUGUUAUUUAUGCAAAUAUUCAUGUUAACAAUUUUGUUCUUUUUGUUAAUUUGGAAUUUGUUUAUAAUGUUAAGAUGGAUUUAUUAUUAAUGCUAAUUUUGAUUGUGAUCCUUUAUGUGGGGAUGGUAACUUAACUCCUUAUACAACUGAAUAAUGUGAACUGGCAGUUAAUGGGGUAUGGGAUGAUUGUUAAGAAUGCAGAUUUAUAUCAAUUGAAAACUGUAAAAUCAACCACUUUUCAAUUUGCUUAAAGUGUGAAGUUGGAUUUGCACUAUAAGAAAACGUAUGUAUUCCUUAUUGCGGUGAUAAAUUAAUUCUUGAAGAAUAUGAGGAUUGUGAUGAUGGUAAUUAGCAACCUUAUGAUGGUUGUUUUUAAUGUAUGUUUCAAUGCAUUGAAGAUUGCAAAAUAUGUGAAAGAGGAUAAUGCAUUUUAAAAUGUGAAAAUGGGUAUGAAUUUGUCAAUAACAGUUGUCUUUCUGUUUGUGGUGAUCAAAUUAUUACAAAAGAAGAGGAUUGCGAUGAUGGUAAUUUGUAACCCUAUGAUGGUUGUUUUAAUUGCAAGUAUUCUUGUCCGGAAAAUUGCUUUGAUUGCUAUUAAGGUACUUGUUUAGAGUGUAAUUACCAAUACUAAUUACUAAUUUCAAAUUAAUGCAAAUAGUAAUUAAACUGUGGAGAUGGAUUACUUUAAGAAUAAGAAGAAUGUGAUGAUGGAAAUUAUUAAGCAGCUGAUGGAUGCAAGGAUUGUUUUAUUGAAUAAAAUUGGAUAUGUAUUACAAUGACAAGAGAUUCUCUGAGCUAAUGCACAUUUGUCAAAGCUCCAAACUUAGAAAUUAAUUAUCUCAAUAUGACUUAAAAUAAAUAGUAUAUAAGCAUUUAAUUUAAUUAAAAAGUAAAAAUUUAUACAGCUUAGCCCUUAUCAGAAACAAUAAAUUUUGAAAUAUCAAAUAUAGAUAAGAAGAACUGGAAUAGCAGCUUAUAUAUUAUAUAGGAUGUGGGAUCAGAUGUGAGUUUCGGAGAAUUUAUUGUUUAAAUAGAAAUAUAAUAAUUACUUGAAUUUAGGCCAGUCUUGAAAAUUAAAUUAAAUUAGACUGUUGCUAAUCUAGAUGAUGCUAUUUUGGAAAAUGUUGAAAAAUCAAUAACAUUGCAAUAUCCAAAAUUUCUUGAUGAGAUACAAAAGGACUAUUCUUAAUAUUUGAAAAAUCUUAAUUAAUUUGUAAUUUAUAGUUUGUCUGGAGUUACUGGUUUUAGUCUCCUAUUAGAAAAUGGGGAUUUGUUUGUUGAAAUUAUGGCAAUUCUUUAAUUCUAGCAACACUUAAGAUACAUUAACUUGUAAUAUCCAGAAAAUCUAGAGAUUUAUUUUACUUUUAAUGAUAUGAUAACUAUUCAACCUCUACUGGAUUUUAUGUAUUUUCCUAAACUUUUAAAGUUUAUUGAUAUAUAAUAAAAUUAAGAAUAUUCUGA